AUGGUUAAAAAGAUUCGAGAGAGAUUAAAAGUAGCUUUUGACAGACAGAAAUCAUAUGCAGAUUUGAAGCGUCGGGGUAUAGUGUAUUCUAUUGGUGAUAAGGUAUUUCUUAAGGUGUUCACUUGCAACAAAAUCUUGAGGUUUGGUCGGAAAGGAAAACUGAGCCCUCGUUUUAUUAGGCCAUAUGAGAUCGUGGAAAGAAUUAGGCCAGUUGCUUAUCAGAUAGCUUUACCUCUGGAACUACAGAAAAUCCAUGAUGUUUUUCAUGUUUCUAUGCUAUGGAGAUAUAAAUCAAAUCAUUCUCAUGUUAUUUCUACUGAAGAUAUAGAAGAAAAAGAGUUAAGAAAUAAACGGAUUCCUUUAGUGAAAAUAUUGUGGAGAAAUCAUAAUGUGGAGAAAUCAACUUGGGAACCAGAAGAAACAAUGAGAUCUCAGUACCCCCAUAUCUUUUCAAGUAAAUUUUGA